AUGGCGUGGCCCCCAGGAGCUCCGGGUGGCGGGCGAGGGGCGAAGGCAAAGCUGGCUGGCAAAGCAGCGUGGAUUCCCAAGCACCGGGAGGACUCUCUCAGCACAAACCCCCCUGAACUGCCUCGGAAAAGACACCAAGCCGGGCCAAAGGUCUGCGAAGCACAAGCUCUGCCUGUCGUGUCCCGAUCAGGACGCAGGACCGUCAAAGCUGGAUGGCGAAGGAGGCUGGCGGGAAGAAAACGAGGCCAGGAGAUAAAGCCUGGAGAAGAGAGCCGGGCGGAGGGGAAACAUACGCAGACGAAUCAAAGGGGCUCGAAGAGGAGCUGGGUGACCCCAGGGAAGCCCGGCCUGGACUUCGAGCAGGGCUACCGCGGGCAGGGCACUCUGGAAGGGUCUCUGAGUCGGAGGUGGCUCAGGGGCACCUCGCCAGGCGUGAAGGCGCGACCGAGCCGAGGCCACGCCGGCUCUCCCAGCCCAGGGUCGCAGCUCUGGGCGCUUUCUUGCUCAGCAGAAGUCUUUCAGGGGGCCCGGCCUGGACAGGGCAAGUGCCCUCUUCACUCUAGGAAAGACCUGCUUCUCCCGGAGAUGGACGCGGCCGCAGCGGCUCCGUGGCUUGGGGCUCAGGCGCCGCCGGCGUGUCUGGAGCAUCUCCCGAGGACUCCGGGGGCCCUGGGGACGAGCGCCCGCGGCGGGACACGCAUCUCCCCGCCGCGGGCGGAGGUCUCGUGCGUGUGCGAGGCGCUGCUGCAGGCGGGCGACCCGGGCCGGCUGGGCCGCUUCCUGGGCUCGCUGCCGGCCGAGGACGAGGCGCGCUGCCUGGAGGCGCAGGCGGGCGAGAGCGUGGCCAAGGCGCGCGCGCUGCUGGCCUUCCAGCGCGGCGACUUCGGCGAGCUGUACCGGCUGGUGCGCAGCCGGCCCUUCGGCGCGCCGCACCACCCGUUCCUGCAGGACCUGUACCUGCGCGCGCGCUACCGCGAGGCCGAGGCGGCGCGCGGCCGGGCGCUGGGCGCCGUCGACAAGUACCGGCUGCGCAAGAAGUUCCCGCUGCCCAGCACCAUCUGGGACGGCGAGGAGACCGUGUACUGCUUCAAGCGCCGCUCCCGCGCCGCGCUGCGCGACUCCUACGGGCGCAGCCGCUACCCGAGCCCCGACCAGAAGCGCCGCCUGGCCCGCGACACCGGCCUCUCGCUCACGCAGGUCAGCAACUGGUUCAAGAACCGGCGGCAGCGCGACCGCAGCGGCGGAGGCGGCGCCGGCACGCCCAGCAAGAGUGAGUCAGAUGGGAAUCCCAGCACGGAGGAUGAGUCCAGCCACGGUCCUGAGGAGACGGAAGCGGCCGUGGGGGUCUCCACGCCCCCCGACGGCGGCCCGACCUCCGGCAGCCUGUUCUUGCCUGCGGCUUGCUCCAGCGCCUCCUCCAUCCUCCUGAACGGGAACUUCAUCACCACCAGCGCCCCCACCAUGCUGCUCAACGGCGGAUCGGUCAUCCAGACCCCCAGCGGGGGGGUCAUCCUGAACGGGCUGGCUCUGGGGGAGAGCCAGACCAUCACCCUCAGCCCCGUGGCUGCCCCCAGCCCCCCCCGUCCUCCUCAACGGCUCCCCCUCCCUCCUGGGGGGCAGGUCUGCCGCCCCCGACGGCAGCCAGGAGCUCCCCAAGGGCUCCCAGGUGCCCCUGCCCCCCGCGACAGUCAUCCUCGGCUCCGGGCCCCUCCAGGGCGAGGUGAAGGCCGAGGCGGGCGAGGCGCUGGCAUUCGGCGUGGAGGUGAAGUCCGAGGCCGUCCCGCCGCUCCUGGCGCUGCCCGACGCCUCCACGCUCCUCUCGGAUCACAAGGGGGCGCUCUUCGCCGCCGUGCCCAUGUCUCAAGUGGUCCCGUCCGGCGAAGAGGCGCCCGCAGCCCCCCACCUGCCCCCCGGGCCUCAGCCUUCCGUCGCGUCCACCCCCCAGAUAGUCCCACUCACCAAACUGCUGCCUGCCACCCACACCCUGGGCACGCCCCUGGCGGCCGUGGCCCCGGGCAGCGCCCCCGUCGGUCCUCCCCGGCUCAGGCGGCCGUCCUCCAUGGCCCCGCCCCGCCCCUGGUCCCGCUUGGCCAGGGGUCGGCCCCCUCCCAGGUGGUCCCCCUCUCCCAGCCUGUGUCGGGCAGCCAGGUCCUCUCCCCGCCGCAGAUGGUGCCCGUGUCCCCCACGCAGAUCUACGCCGUGCCCCCGGGGGCGCCCGCCCCACAGCUUGUCUCCUUGCCCCAGGUGGCCCAGGGGUCCCAGGUGAUCUCCCUGCCCCAGGUGGUGCCCACUUCCCAGGUGAUGGCGCUGCAGCAGGGUGUGGGCGGCUCCAUUCAGGUCCUGGCCAGCAGCGCCCCCAUCAAGCUCGGCCCCGUGGCGGGGGCGCCGCAGACGACCGUGGCGGGUGGGACCCUCAGCCAGGGCAACGUGCACGUCAUCAGCACCAGCGUGGGCAUGACGGCCCUGCAGAUCCCGGGUGCCGCACCAGGAAACAUCCUCCUGGCCAACCCAGCGACGGGCAGCGGCACCAUCGUCACGGGCAUGGCUCUGCAGCAGGGCAAGCUCAUCCUGACGGCCACCUUCCCGGCCGGCAUGCUGAUGGCCCCCAUCCUGCCGGCCCCGGCGGCCCCGGCCCCUGCCCUGCCCUUGCCCAUCAAGCAGGAGGUGGCGGGGACCUCUCCGGACACGCUGGCAGUGCUGCCGCCCGGAGCCUCUCCUCUCGUGGCCUCCGGCGGUGCUGGGCCGGUCGACCUGGCCUUCGGCACCGACUCGGGCCAGGCCAGCCUGCUUUCGAACUUCUCCCAGCCCGAAGGCCUGGGCCUGGCCCCGCAGCAGGUGGUGUGGCCCAGCUCGGUCGGCAUGGACCUGCACGGCCCCGGCCCCGACGGGCUGUUCGAGAUGGACAAAGGCGCCCUGGGGGACCAGGGCGGCCUGCUUCGGCUCCCCGAGGGGGAGGGCCUCUUGCUAGACGCUGCCGGGGGCGACCCGCUGGACCCCGAGGUGCUCGAUUCGGAGGAGAAGGUGCUGACUCAGCUGCAGUCGGUGCCGGUGGAGGAGCCUCUGGACUUGUAGGGUGCGGCAGCCUCCGUGGCGAGGGGCCAACGGUCUUCGCCAGCCCGUGGGGUGCUCGUUUGAACUCGCACCCCUCGGCUCCCGUGCCAGCCGCUGGUGUGGGCUGCUAGAAGUGCCUUGAUCAGAGAGACACCUUCUCGCACGUGUGAACCCCCCGCAGCAAGGGCUGGGUGAACAAACACUACAGUACAAAGACACCAGGGCAAUCCACCCCCCCACAGUAAUCACAAGGUGCAGCUACCUGCCUGGCAACCCGGAGUACCACCUUGUACCAGGUACUACAAGUAUUACAUUCUUCCCUCCGGUUUGUGAGAAGCAAUCAUUUCAACGAGAUAUUUUUAUAUCUUCCUUUUGUUGUUUUUAAUGUGUAUUUGUGUCUUUUAUAUAUAUUUUAUAUAUAUAAAUAUAUUUUAUCCUAAA